AUGAAGAAGACCAACAUGUGGUUGCUGGAGCGGCUGCGGGUGUCGGGGGAAAACGGGGCCUCGGGCGGCGAGGGCAGCGACAAGGCCAAGGGGCCGCUGUACAGCAACGUGCUCACCCCGGACAAGAUCCCGGACUUCUUCAUCCCCCCGAAGCUGCCCGGGGCGCCCCCGGAGAGCGAGGGGCCGGCGGCGGCCGAGCAGCCGGCGCCCUCGGCCUCCCCCGCGUCGCCCCGCCGGGCGCCCCGCAGCCCCCGGCUCCCGGCCAAGCUGGCGAGCGAGAGCCGCAACCUGCUGCGGGCCGCCACGCGCCACGUGAUCCAGAUCGAGAGCGCCGAGGACGGGGGCGCGGACGACGACGAGGGCCCCGACGCCCCGCCGCAGCCGUCGCCCCUGGGCUUCGCGGCGCUGGCCGAGAGCCCGCACACGCGGCGCCGCGAGUCCCUGUUCCACAGCGAGCACGGCGCGCUGGCCCAGCUGGGCUCCCCGGGCGCGGGGCGGCGGCGGCGGCCGCGGCGCGGGGCCGAGGGCGGCGGCGGCGGCGGGGACGGCGGGGACGGGGCCCCCCGCGAUCGCGAGCGGGAGAGCGGCGGGCUCCGGAGCCCCGGGCGCGCGCUGAGCGGCGGCGAGAGCGACACGGGCUCGUCGGCCGAGUCGUCGCCCUUCGGCUCGCCGCUGCUGUCGCGCUCCGUGUCGCUGCUCAAGGGCUUCGCGCAGGACGGCCAGGCCAAGGUGCAGCAGCUCACGCAGUCGGUGGGCCGCGCCGGCUCGCUCUCGGCCGACGACAGCACCCCCGAGCCCAGCCCCGGCGCGCGCCGCCGCCGCCCGCGCCACCACCACCACGCGCGCCUGCUGGCCCGCCGGCCCAGCCCCGAGGCCGGCCCCGAGCCGGGCGCCGCGCCGCGCGCCGAGCACGCCGUGCGCCUGGGCCCGCGCGGCAGCGUGCGGCUGCUGGCCGAGUACGAGGCGGCGCAGGCCCGGCUGCGCGUGCGGCUGCUGGCCGCCGAGGGCCUGUACGACCGGCUGUGCGACGCGCGCGCCAUCAACUGCUGCGUCGGGCUGUGCCUGGUGCCCGGCAAGCUGCAGAAGCAGCGCAGCACCAUCAUCAAGCACAGCCGCCACCCGGUGUUCAACGAGGACUUCUUCUUCGACGGCCUGGGGCCCGCCAGCGCGCGCAAGCUGGCGCUGCGCAUCAAGGUGGUCAACAAGGGCAGCAGCCUCAAGCGGGACACGCUGCUGGGCGAGAAGGAGCUGCCCCUCACCGCCCUGCUCCCCUUCUUGUAGGCGGCCCCGACGGCCGGGCCG